CAACCCUGUUCCUUAUUUAAAAAAUCAGAUAUCUUUAUACUUUCAGCAAAAAUAGAAAAAAUGCAAAAUAACAAACAAACUUCUAUAUAACUUCCAACCCCCAACAACAUUUCAACAUCUCAAGAUAAAAAUUCAAGGAAAGAAAGAAAAAAAAAAUGGAUCCAUCAACAACAUCAAUUCCAAAGAAUGAGAUUUUAGAUGCACCACUUCAUGAAAUUGGCUUCGAAAUUUCAGAGAUCUCCCCUCAGAAAAUCUCCGGCCACUUUCUAGUGACCGAAAAAUGCUGCAACCCUUUCGAGGUGUUGCAUGGCGGAGUCUCGGCUUUAAUAGCCGAGUCUCUAGCCAGUAUGGGCGCCCAUGUGGCGUCCGAAUUUCAAAGGGUGGCUGGGGUCCACCUCAGCAUCCACCACCUCAAGAGUGCAAAUCUUGGUGAAAUUGUUUAUACUGAGGCAAAACCACUCAAUGUUGGGAAAUCUAUUCAUGUUUGGGAAGUGAAUUUGUGGAAGAGUGAAAAUUCUUCAAAUUUGGGGAAUACUAGAAUUUUGAUUUCAACAUCAAGAGUUAAUGUCAAGACUAAUAUGGUUGUACCAGAAAAAGUCAAAGAUGCUGCUGUGAAUCUCAAGAAAUAUGCCAAGUUAUGAGUAGGCCUGCACGUCGAGUCGAGUUCAAUCGAGCUUUGUAUAGAGUUCGAGUUGAGUCGAGUCAAGUCCAAUCAAGAUUCUAACGAAAUUCGAGUUGAGUAGGCUUUGUUCGUGAAUUCAUUAGAACUUUUAGGGCUCAUUUGGUUACUGGAAUUAUGAAAACUAUCAUGGUUAAAAUAUUAGUAUUUUAUA